UUUACGAUUCUACAAAAAUUGAAACUUGAAUCAGUAAAUUACCCACAAGAGAAUUCAACUAUUUGUAGCACUUCAAUGUGUUUUUUGUAGUACUAAAAUUUUCCUUUGUUGAAAAUUGAACUGAAUCAAUACCGUUGGUAUACUAUAGAGUAUAGAUGAGUGGACACUGAUUUGGGUUGGUUUUGUGUUAUCAUAUCAUCAAUUAUGGGAGGCGUUUUGUCUUCUAGGGUGAAGUUAGUCCGUGACCAAACCCCAAAUAAACCUACUUUUCCUGGAAAUAUAACUUGUUUUUCGUACAAAUCAUUGGAAAAGGCAACAAAUAAUUUUCGCAAUAGGGUAAGAGAAGAUGGAUUUUCAUCAUCUUACAAGGGAAAUCUAGAUGAUGGGUCUAAUGUAAUAGUUAAAGUUUAUAGAACGAGAUACGAGUAUGCUGAAUUUACUUCAAUGAUCAAAAUCAUGUUUGAGGUGAGGCAUCAAAAUUUGGUUCAGAUUAUUGGUUAUUGCGUUGAGGAUGAUCACAGAAUGCUCGUUCACGACUUUAUCGGAGACUAUUCCCUGUUUGACUUGUUGUUUUCUAACUCAAUUGUUGAAGAUAUUGAGCUAGAUUGGCGUAGGAGAGUGUUAAUUUGUCGUAGGAUUGCUCGUGGUCUUGAAUAUCUUCACUUUGGAGCUAAUCCACCUGUCGUUCAUCGUGAUGUCAAGCCUAGCAGUAUAUUCGUGGAUUCGAGUUUUAAUCCUAAAAUAGCUGACUUUGAAAUAUCAAGUUAUCUUCAGGAUGAGGAUGAGGAUGGUCGUGUUGCUGGAACAAUUUGCUACAUCGAUGCUGAAUAUUUGACAACAGGACGUUAUUCAGAGAAGACAGAUGUUUAUUCUUUUGGAAUCACUCUUCUUGAAAUCAUUAGUGGGAAGAAAACUUCUUUCGGGCUUAUUUUGCAGGAAUGGGCUUGGGAAUUACGAGAAAGUGGUAGGAUUCCGGAGAUUGUUGAUCCUAAUUUGGCUCAAUUUAGUGAGGAAGAGGUGAUACGUUUCACCAAUGUUGCACUUUCUUGUGUCCAAUUUGAUUCAGAUCUCAGACCAAGCAUGUCUGAGGUAAGGCUAAUGCUCUCAGACAACUACCACACGAGUAGCAUUUCACUUGCUAGACCACGAAGUCUUCCUGAGCAAUGGAAUAGUGAAAAUGAACUAACGGAUGUAGAUGAAGAAUCAUUGAACAGAUAAUGAAGAGUAUAUAUGUUGGUCUUAGCUACUGGAGCUUGAACUAGUUGAAGGAUUAAUGUGGUAAAAUCUGUGAUUUUCUUGUUAUUGUUUCAUAAUUCUUGUGUUUAGUAGUGGAUCAUACUUGAUUGUUCAGCUUGACUCAAAUAUCAUGAGCAGGAAAGCACUGAUAAUGAUGUAGGAGAUGUUCUUAGACUCUCUUUCUGUUCUUCCUUCCACUUAACAAUAUGUUCAACAAAUCAUCUUGUUAAAUUGAAGUACUCUUACCAUAUCCUGUAUAGUGUACACUACUAUUUCACUUAUUUAGGUCAACCAAUCGUGAUUAAUUCAACUAUUUGUAACACUUUAGAGGUUGCCAGCUAAAAAGUGGUAGAGAUUUAGAUGAUUUCAAUUAAAAGCAAAAAGAUUGAGACUCUAUUAAAUUUCGUCAAGCUUUUUGAUUAUGUUGCCAUUUGUAUCCCACUAGUUAAAUCUAUGAAAUUAAACUUUUUUUCUCUUUCCUCUUUCCUCAAUCUCCAUUGAAAUCAUUAUUUCUCUGUCCGAAUCAUCAUCUCUAUCUCUCUCUCUCCCCAAUCAAAUUAAACUCUCAUUCACUCUCCUUCAUACCAAAUAUAUUCCGUGAUUACAGGAUUCAAAUUCAUAUACUUAACUAUGUUUUUCUUGCACAUUAACCGUAAUAUAUAAAAUAAGCUUAUGAAUAACAUCAAAAACCAUUAUGUAAAGUAUUUCAGAACGGAAGAAGUAUUUAUUUGUGGUGUUAAAAUUUUCUUGUGUUGAAAUUGAACUGAAUUAGUGUUAGUAUAGGAUAUAGAUCAGGACAAACUGAUUUGGGUUGGUUUUGUACUAUCCUAUCAUCAAUUAUGGGGGAUGGUUUGUCUUCCAGACUGAAGUUGGUCCGUGAUCAAACCCCAUAUCAUAUAACCUACUUUUCUGGAAAUGUAACUUGUUUUUCCUACAAAUCAUUGAAAAGGGCAACAUACAAUUUUCGCAAUACGGUAAGAGAAAGGAUGAUGGAUAUUCACCGUCUUACAAGGGAAAUCUAGAAGAGAGGUCUAAUGUAAUAGUUAAAGUUUAUGGAAUCGGAUACAUGCAUACUGAAUUUACUUCAAUGAUCAAAAUCAUGUCUGAGGUGAGACAUCAAAUUUGGUUCAACUUAUUGGAUAUUGCAUUGAGGAUGAUCACAGACUACUUGUUCAUGACUUUGUAGGAGACUAUACCCUGUUUGACUUGUUGUUUUCUAACUCAAUUGUUGAAGAUAUUGAGCUAGAUUGGCGUAGGAUUGUUCGUGGUCUUGAAUAUCUUCAUUUUGGAGCUAAUCCACCUGUUGUUCAUCGUGAUGUCAAGCCUAGCAGUAUAUUCGUGGAUUCGAGUUUUAAUCCUAAAAUAGCUGACUUUGAAAUAUCAUGUUAUGGUGAAUCUGUUGUUGAAACACCUGGCUACCUCGAUUCUGAAUAUUUUAGAAUAGGACAUUAUUCAGAGAAGACAGAUGUCUAUGGUUUUGGAAUCACUCUUCUUGACAUCAUUAGUGGUGUUUCGGUAAUGAAACGAGGAAGUGGAAAACACUUGAAAUAUCGUGAGUAGAAGCGUUAUUUGGAGCGGCGAUUCGUGGAAGGAAGUGACUUGAAUUCCUGCAACACAACACGUUAGCCUUGUCCGGGGGUGAUCUCCCGGAAAGCCCCUCCGACGCUUAAGUUAGAACGGGGAUGUGAGAUUAAUGAACAAAUGAUUAUAGAUCGAAUGCAAGAACAGAGAUAUUUGGGUUGAGAUGACUUGUAUGUGGGUAGAGUAAUGAAUUGGAGUGUGAGUAAAGAUAUUAAGAGGGUUAUUCUCAAAUAAUUCUUUUCUUUUCUGAUGGUUGUCUCUAUUUAUAGUGGUAAAAAAAGAAGUUAUUUCUGAGAGGAGGUUGGUUGUUAUGGGUGAUAGUGGGCAGUUAUCAUCAUCAAAUGAAGGAGAACCAGUGAAUGAGGAAGGAAGGGUAGUUGUCAAAAGUAGGGGUGUUCAAAACCGGAUACCGGGUCGACCCGGUUCCGAAAAAUCGGGUACCCGGUUUUCCGGAUACUUAAAAUUUUGUUCCAGAUCCGACCCGGUUUAAACCGGGUACCCGGAUUUCGGGUACCCGGUUUAAAGCGGGUCGGAAUCCGGAUACCCGGUUUUUUAAAAAAAUAGUUUUUUUUUUUUUUUUUUCCUUUUUUCUUUAACAGUUUUUCACUUUUUCUCCUUUCUUCUUAAUUUCUUUUCUCCUCUUUCUUUUAAAAAAAUUACUCAGAACUAUUUCUUUUCUCCUCUUUUCCCAUUUUCUUGAUGUUCUUCAAUCUCUACUCUCUCUCUCCUCUGAUUUUUCUCUGUUCGCCUCCACAGCCACAAUUUAAGCUGACCUUCAGGUUUUUCCUUUGUUUCAUCUCAUCAAUGGCGGAAAAUCCAGAUUCUUCUUCGACUCCUUCGUUGGCAAUGAUUUCUUCUAGACCUGCUCUGACGAGAGAAGAUUGUUGGAGCGAGGAUGCUACUUCUACUCUCAUUGAAGCAUGGGAACAACGCUAUAUCGAGCUUAAUCGUGGAAAUUUGCGUCAAAAACAAUGGCAGGAGGAUGUUUAGUGUAAGAAUCAGAUCGAUACUUCGAAGAAGAAAUACACGAUUGAGAAAGCUAGAGUUUUGGAUUCUAAUGGUAGUUAUAAGAGUCCUUGGCCUUUUUUUAUUCCUUUAGAUCAACUUAUUGGAUCUACUAUGCCGUUAAAGAAGCUAUGUCAUUGGAUCUACUGCUUGAAGAAGAAGAUGGAACUGAAAUCUAGAUCUAGAUCUAGAUUUCAGAAAUUGAUUUUAAGUUUAAUUUUUAGGGUUUUUGAUUUUGAUUGGAUUGUGAUUUGGGGGAAAAUGAGUGAAGAUGAAAAUUGAAGAAGAUGAUGGCAUGAAGAAAAAUGAAGAAGAAGAACUAAAGCACUCAAGCAAGAAUGAAGUUGAAAUCAGUGAAUGAUGGGAAAGGCGUGAAGAAGAAGGGUUUUUACUUUUUUACAAAAAAUUAUUUUUAAAAAAAAAUUACAAACCGGAUACCGGGUACCCGGUUUUCCAAAAUUCGUGAUCCGUAUCCGACCCGAAUACCCGGUUUUAAAACUGGGUACCCGACCCGAAAUAUCCGAAUUUGGAAAACCGGGUGAUUUACCCGGUUUUAAAAAUCGGAAAGCGGGUUUUUCGGAUUGGGUUUUCGGAUCCGGAUAUUUUUGAACACCCCUAGUCAAAAGGGAAGUUGGGUCAAUCGGGAGGUUAUUUCCCAGGAGAAGUUAGGGUAUUUUGAGGGUUACUUGCUCAUGGGCUAACUAAGGAGUUUGGAGAUUUCAGAAAAAGCCCAUUGACUAAAAGUCAAGGUCAAUACGAAAGGUCAAAGGGUAUUAAAGUAAUAUGGCAUUAGUAAUUUAAAUAAAUAAGUAAAUCAGAUAAGUGAUAUCAUGACAUUUAGCCCCACACAUGAAGGAUGAUAUGAAAAGAGAGCCCCAACGACUUGAAAUAUCUUUCUUUGUGUGGAAACGAUAAGCGUCUACCAAAACACCUUAGCGUUAUUAAAGGGAUGUGAUCAUAGAGAGCAUUCGAACCCUUAUGAAGAUGAAUAUGUUCACCAUCUGGCAGAUCUUUGGGCGGACUCUGAAAAUUGGGUUCGUAACCUUCGAGUCGACUUUUACAUGUCGAAUUCCGAGUUGUAACGAAAAAGUUAUGACUUCUUCAAAAUAACCGCAUGAGACGCUCCAAGUUGAAGAGAAACGAAUAAUGUCAAUCGAGCCACGGUUUUGAAGCAUGCCGCGGAGUAGCCCCAUCCUUCUAUUUCAUUCAACGGCAAAAUGUAGUUGUGGAGGUUUGAUCCUGCGACUUCUGGUACAGCAGUCAGCACAUGAGUCCAACUGAGACAGCCUUGCUAUUAUGUAGUAACCCGCACGGUUUAUUUAUUAGAUUGAUGCUUCCUGCCUAGUUUAUGCUUCUUUAAUGCCGCGGAAGUUCCAAUACUUAGAAUAUUUUUGGAACAAGAUAGCCCCAAGGGGGGUCCGACUUGUUUACUACACGGACGAAAUCAGCAUAAUUUUUAUUUUAUUUUAUUUUAUUAUUUUAAUCUGAAGUUGCGGAAUUUCAGAGACUUGGAACAUUUUUGAACGAGAUCACCACCAAAAAUGGGUCCGACUUUUCGACCUCUCGGACAAGAUACUGGUUUUAUUGUUCUCUUCCUUCUCGUUAUCAUGUUACAAGCCGUGGAAUCUUGGGAAGGUAACAUGCCGCGGUACGAGUGAGUUGACUCAUCGGACAAUAAAUCAUGUGAGUUGGUGACGCGACUUAUAUUUACACUUAGAUUCUUAUUCUUCACUGAGGGACUUAGGGGAGUCCGACUUAUCGACAUCGCGAAUGGUAGAAGUAUUUGAACGAUCUUUAUUAUCUUAAAUCCCUUAUUCUUUCAUGACGCGGAAUGAGCACAGAGGUCCUUGCCCUCGAUUAUACGGAAAAUGCGAGAAUUCUCCCAUACUUAAAAUUUUUGCACAAUAAUUGGGGGCAUCUGGGAGUCCGACUUAUCGACCACACGGACAUCUUCCACACUUGGAAUAUUUCAUACAUAGAAUAUUUCAUACUUUGAUCAUACGAUAGUUUGAAACGGUGAGGGAGAUGACGCGGCAUGAUAUUUGCUGAAUCUAUAAGUCGGAUGACAGAAUUUGUAAUUUUUCAUACUUAUAAUAAUUUCCGUUUUCUUGGGGUGUAAUUCAGGGUCCGACUUAUCGACCCCAUAGCUUCAGGAGAAAAUUUGAUGACUUAAAGAAAUUGUCAACAUUUUCUCCCACCUUGGGUGUCCGACUUAUCGACUUCCCGGACACAGUCAAUAGCUGAUACUUUGAUAAAUUUUCCAUAUUUCCCCCUCAUUGGGGGUCCGACUAGUCGACUUCACGGACAUAGAUAAGAAUACUUAGAAAAAUCAUCGACGUUUCCCUUCUCAUUGGGGGUCCGACUUGUCGACUUCCCGGUUUUAGUUUGGGAUUCCACUUCUCGUUUAAGGGGUGUUUAGGUUUGAGGUUGAGCAUUUAUUGCUGCAAUAAAUAGGAUUGUUGGAACUAUUCCCUCUCACCUAACCUUCAUUAACUCCCUUAUUUCUUCAAGUCGCUAGAAAGAGAAAGCAGAGAGAAACGCUCUGACAAUCUUCAACCAUCCUUCAAACUUCUGACAAAAUUCUCGAAGAUCUUCAAGGGUUCUGACAGAAUUUCAUCAAAUUUCUGACAAAUCUUCAAAAUUUCUUCAAGGUAUUCAAAUCUUUCCUCAAAUUCUUGAAUUUCUUCAAAUUAUUCAACUGUUCUUCAAAUUGUUCUUCGUGUUCUUGAAUGUUUAAAGGUUUGAAUUAGUUCUAUGAAAUUAGCCAUUAUUCUUUACAAGUUUCGCCUACUAUUUUAUGACUAUUGUUAAUAUGGAUGUCGCGGCUACUAAUAGGUAACUUGGACAUUAACUCUGCUAACCCGACGAAAAUUCCUUUGGUAGUAUGUAGACGUUUUAAUAAAAGAGGGGUUGCUAAUAAAUGAUUGGGACGAUAGUAGUUCGGUGAGAAUUACCCCUCAUUGCGAAUCAAUAAAGCCCGGGGAUGAGUCAUCUGUAUCCCCCAUAUACACACCGGAGAUAAUGAAAACUGCUCCUUGGGAAGUGAGCAUUGCUUUCUUCCCCAAUUACUUGCCGCGAAUAGAUCCAGACCUGGAAGUGUUGUUGUAUGUAGAUAUGGAAAAGAUCGAAGGAACCUCCGAGUCCUCAGGAAGGGAAAGUGCAGCGCCGGUUCCUCCACCAUUUUACAUCCCCAACGGCGGGCCCCUCAAUUACUUCAUAGAUUUACAAACUAAGAGAGGUUUGGACAAACAACGGGACGCCAUCUCUUUAAAAUGGGGUUUGAAGGAUGAUAUCAACAUUAUCACUCCGGGGAAUUACGACACCGUUAGGUUUCUCCCACCACAUUGUAUAGCAGUAUACUUUCCUUCUUUUGAACUAGGACUUAGGUUUCCUCUUCACCCCUUCUUUAGGGAAAUAUCAGAUUUUUUGAAUAUCUCAGUUCCCGAGUUAUACCCCAAUGCAUGGGAUUGUAUGGUGGCGUUUUUGAUUUUAUGUAAAGUUUUGGCCGCGCCACCAACACUUACAGCCUUUAGGUAUAUAUUUAGAGCCCGGUUAUGUAACUCCCAAUUGCAUGUGUGGGUGGAUAACCUUUACACAUCGUCGUGGACUGAAGAUAGUCCAUGACCUCCCUGAUAACCAGAAAGGGUAUAGGACGAAGUUUUUCUAUUUUUACAGUUCUGGGGGGUGGAAUGUCAGGACUACUUUUGACAUCAAACCCAAUCUUUCGGGUUUUAAUAACGGGAUCCCGCAAUGUUCCUUUACUGACGCGGUGAUCAUAGAGUAUGCGAAGAUGGACGUCCAGUUGGGGAGGAAACCCAUGAACGUCCAGCUCAACUGGAUACCGGGUCGUUCUGAGUUGGAGAAUGAGAACCUCCUCUCAGCAUUCGACAUCAGCUUGGCUAUUGAUCGGAGUACGAGUCGUUGGCUUUCUUCUUUUUUAUUACGUGACUAUUUGCUUCUAACUCUUGUAUUUCUAAGGGUCGCGAAGGAGAACCUGAAGGCUAAAAAUCCGGAUCUAAUGAAGAAAUUUAGCGUGAUGCGAUUUUCCCAGGGGGCUAAUCAAAGAGCCGCGGAGAAACCUUUGUCUCUCCCUCCGAAGGUAUAUAUUCAUUUGUUUUAGCGAGCCAGAUGAUUAUUCUGACUUUUUCUCUUGUAGGACUCGACAACGGUGGAGAAAUGGCUGGACGUAGUGCCUUGUGAAGGGGAGGCCCUCCGACUCCUCGAGGAGAGGAAGAGAACUCACAUUCCUGAUGAAUCUAAGAGGGUGAUCCCUCUUAAGAUGAAGGAAGUGAAUAAGAGUGGGAAGGGGAGGAAGAGAAAGAGAGACUCUUCUUCCCACGGGGAGAGCGCAACAAAAAGGGCCUCCCUGGACACCAUACGGACUGCCAUACCUCUACAGGCGAGGUCGGCGGAAGGGGAGACGUCUAUUCCCCAGGGUGAGGUGCCCAUCUUCCGCAAGGGCAAGGAGAAGGCGGGGGAGUCAUCAACGGCCCCAGAACCACAAAUUGAGGAGGUGUAUCGUCGCAGGGAAGUCUUACCCUUCCAGCACGAUACCCUCUUCAAUGAACUGGGUCACAAGGGUAUGAUUACCCGCUUUAAUAGGGCGACAUCUCAACUGAUCAGUAGGAAGGACGUUGAUCAUCUGGAGUCCCUGCCCCCUAUCGACAGGGUUCGCCAACUCCAGGCUUCUGCGGCUGAGAUAUGACAUUAUAUUUUGUUGCUCAGUUGAAUGGGAAGACUGGAUAAUUUUUUGACUUGAUUCUUUUUUGGGCAGACAUUCUUGAGGUUAUUGUUUGAGUUGAAUCUCAGCCGUCAGAGUGUCGCGGACAGGGAGACCCUGUCGGCUCUGACCUCUCACUGUAGUGAAUAGG